AUGCUGUACAGCUUGUACCAUACGUCUAGAGGGAACCAUCCAGUACCGCCACUGUACUUUCCCUGCAUAGCUUGGCUCUUGAGGGUUGUCAGACGGCUUUUGGAGCACGGCGUGGAUGUGAGUGAAGGCAACGGGACACGAUGCGGCGCUCUCUACGUCUCUUCAAGAAACGGCAAUUAUGAUGUCGUUCAGCUUCUGCUUGAUAACGGGGCUGAUGUGAACGCGGGAUACGAUAAUUCCUGCGCACCUGUUCAGGUGGCCUCAGAACGUUGUCACCUAGCAAUUGUGAAGCUUUUGCUUGAACAUGGAGCAAAGAUUGAGGCAAACAAUAUGGCGGGUGAUAGCCCACUUAUUGAAGCCUCACGGAACGGUCGUUUGGAUGUUGUUAGAUCUCUUCUCAGCUGGGAAGAUGGGGUUGACAAUGCCAACGCCGGCUCACUGGCUGAGGCUAUUCGGGCUGCGUCAGAAGCAGAUGACUAUGAUACUGUCAAGGCACUUCUGGACGAAGGUAUCGAUCCCAACGCAAGUCCGCAUGGUGCUGUGGGCAGCGCACUGGAGGCUGCUGUGAGCAAAGAACACACAGAGAUCGUCAAACUCCUGCUUGAGAGGGGUGCGGACGUUAGCGCCAGCAUUCGUCUCGCAGCCUCUUCCGUUGGAAGUAGCACGUGGUCUGAGAAUCUUGAGCUUCGAGAUCUCAUACUACGACAUGAUGUUGCGGAGUAA